AUGACUGGAACAUGGGAAACGAGACUAGAGACGCAAGCAGACGCGAGGUGGGAGACUCCAGGACUGAGCGACUCGCUCUUCACAGAGACGUACUGCAACAUCUGCAACGCCCAGCUCAUCUCCGAGUCCCAGCGAGUCGCACACUAUGAGAGCAAGAAGCACGCCAACAAAGUGCGGCUCUUCUACAUGCUCCACCCGGAGGACGGAGGACCGCCCUCCAAGAGACUGAGGCCCGACAACCCGGACAGCGAUGAAACGGCAGUGGACCAGAAUAAGUGCUGCACGCUCUGCAACAUGUUCUUCACCUCCGCCAUCGUGGCCCAGUCGCAUUACCAGGGCAAGACCCACGCCAAGCGGGUGCGGCUGGUACUGGGGGAAACGCCAAGCGUGCCCACUCCAACAGAUUCAUCCCCGAGUACACCACAGCCUACGGACCUGGUACCGCCCCCUCCCCUGCCCCUGCCCCCGCCCCCUCUGUGGCCCCUGGCCAAUAACGGCGAGGCGGGGAAGUACUGCUGCCUGUGUGGGGCCUGGUUCAACAACCCCCUGAUGGCCCAGCAGCACUACGAGGGCAAGAAGCACAAGAGGAACGCGGCGCGGGCGCGCCUGCUGGAGCAGCUCGCAGGCAGCCUGGACACCCCUGAGGGCACAGGCCUGCGUAGCAGUUACUCCUGCACGGUGUGUCAUGUGAUCCUGAACUCGAUCGAACAGUACCACGCACACCUCCAAGGCUCCAAGCACCAAAACAACUUGAAGCAGCACCAGCAGUAAAGAUCAAGUGGGAAAACUGGUGGAGGCUCUUCCAGUGAGGCCUGGAGGAUCAUCGAAGGAGUUCGUUGGGUGCUUUCGGACACGCCCACUAUGAUGUCACAAAGGUCGUCCCUGAUGCCUCUGAACUUCUCGCUCAGCCUUCCGUGUCUGUUUCUACGACAACAGGCGGCAGCAUCAACAGGCUUUCCGGAAUGUUGAGGUGCUGCUAGGGGGAAGAAAAAAAAAUGAUGGCCCUUAUGUGACUGCAGUCCUUAAUUGAUGUCAUUCGUGUUACCAAAAAAAAAAAAAACUUUGAGAAUAAUGAUAGUCAUAGGAACACGUAGAAGCCAGCCUGGAGUGGCUGGUGGUGGUGUUGUGUGAGUGUUUUUAACAGGUCCGUCAGUAAUCUGCACUCUGUGGACGGUGGUUUCACGUGCAAAUGUUUGGCUCAGGUUCAGUCGCAGAGACUGGGAUUUUGGCGCAAAGUGGAAGUGCACCAUUUUCAAACCCUGCGGUGUUCUUCGGUGUAUGCUGACCUUUCAGAACGCCUGCUUGCCUGCCACGUAUCAGCUCAGCUCACAGAGCAGAACCUGCUUCACCUUUCCUGCAUUUCUCUGCCCAGUUUGACCUCUGACCCCCAGCCUACAGCCACCCUGGACACCUCAUCCGGAGCCGUGACCAAUCAGAGGCCUCUCCUGCGGCUUCUUCCCGCUGACUGCAGCUCACAACCAGGCGAUAAGCGCUCCUGAAGUUCUGCAGAUCGCUGACUGAAGUGGAGCUUGAUGUCAUGUAAAAAAAAAAAAAUUAUUAUUUUUUUUUAAAGCCUGGUGGGUAUUAUUUUGCCGGAAAAAAAAAUCCCAGUCCAUUUUUGUUUGCUCGUUGCUAGACAGCAUGUCACAGGAGCUUGCGUUGCAAAUGAGAAAUUCAUCGUUUUUGUGCAGGGAAGCAGUAUUGUGCAAAUAGUCUCUUGCCGAGAAUGUCCCAUCAAAACGAUACACUUUGCGCAGUGUGAAAUGCUGCAGCUGUCAAGAAUCAGCAUAUUCAUGCCCCUGGUUUUUAAUUAAGUGAAAUAAUCUGUACAUACGCCUUGAAAAUGAUCCGACUUGCCAAAGCUCAAAGCGAGGACACAAAAAUAAUGCCUGACACUACGUACAAAUCUUUCCGCUCAUCAUAAUUAAUGCUUAGUUGGUGUUUUUUUUUUUUUUUUUUAGAUGAAGUUCACAAUAUCCAGUGUGAUAUGGAAGAGAUGAAUAAUAAAUUGAUAUUACUUUGUGUGAUUGGACAGAAUGCAUCUCCGGAGUUUAAAUGUAAACCUAUGAGGAAAAAGGCAAAAGGACUGCAUUUAAAAGAGAUAGAUUUAUUUAUUUGUUUAUUUAUUUGUUAGUUUAUUUAUUUAUUAAAUUAGCAGGGGCCAUGUACAAUAGCCAUCAUUUUUACUGGUAUAUCUGUAAAAACUUGGCGGAGUUAGCAAACGCGCUACUUUUCAUUUGCAGUCGCUGACGCCAUACUGCAGCACAUUUAGUGUGCGUUCAUAAACGCGUUUAAUUUGUGCGAACAGCUGUGCUUCCUGGAGCUCCCCCGCACUGAGGGACGACUGUUUUAUGAAUUAUAAAUACGCAUCGCAGAGGAGGGGUACGGUUUAUGCAAACACACGUCUAACCGCCUCGCCAGUCACUUUUUAAUAAGUCUCAGCGGUGAAAAGAAAUGCUUUGUUUGAGAUGAGCAAUGCACAAUUGAGUAUGCACAAUUAUGACUGUAAAAACUUAUGUUUUUCACUUGUGGUUGUAAAACCGAGGUGUUAAAAUGCACAGUAAAAUGCUCAGUGUUAAAUUAAAUUGUGCAGUACGGCUAACCAAACAACUUUGCUGACACACGUUGCCAUUUCAAAUCAGUCUGCUCCUGUGGGAAUCUUCAUUUCGUUCCGAUGCUUUCAAUGCUUUUAUAAAUCAGCGGUGAAUUUACUGUCUGACCUUUAAUCCCGACCCUUUACAGCCUGACCCCAUGUAAAUGCGUCUGCCUACAGAACACAAAUACUGUAUCAUUUGUUUAAAAUAAUGGUCGCUGGUCAAGCAAGGGUAUUCAUGAAAAUAAGUAAAUAAUUAUAUAUGAAGGGCUUAUUUAGUUGGAAUUGUGUAUUACUAUGCCGUGGGUUUUUAAGUGAAGUUUAAAAUGAGGUUGGAAACGUAAGGUACAGAUUGUACUGUGCACAUUUGUAAAUUCACUCAAUAUAUAUUUUCUCUUUGAAAAUUAAAACUUUGUCUAUUG